AUGUAUUUUUUAACUCUAAUGAUUCUAACAAUAUUGUCGCAAAUUGAACUUCUGUUUGGAGCAGCAAACGCUGAUGGACCAUGUCAAACUGGUGCAAUUGGGGAACUUUGUGAGAAUGAAGAGAAGAAUGAAGGAUGCAAUUUAGUAUUUCCUGAUGCACCAGUUGUGAAUAACAACAAAGUAUCAGAUAAUUGCCCGCUUUAUCCGCUUUUGGCUGAGAAAUGUCGAAAGAGAUGCUUAAGCUGUUGUCUACAACCCGAAUAUGCUUGUUCGGAUAAUCCAGCUGUACUUCCAUUUACAUGCGUAGAAGCGAAGAAUAAAAAUCUAUGCAAAACAACGAAUCCAGCAAUGAAAGCGUUGAUUGAAAAAGGCUGUCCACAGACUUGUGGAUUAUGUGCUACUAAUAAUUGCACUGAUAUGGAUCCGCUAUAUUGUUCAACGAAUUAUGUUAAGUGCGAUGACGCAAAUACUAAAGCAUUUAUGGCAGAAUAUUGCAAAAAAACUUGUAGGACGUGCGGUUAG